UCAGAAACAACGACAGGCAAGUAUACAGCACCAGUAAGAUUAACUGAAAAAAGAAAGUGCAGCCAUGACCAAGCUGAUCUUUCCUCUCGAAUUCCGUAGUGUCCAUCUUCGUGACAGCCGGAGUGACGUUGAAAAGGGGCAAACUCCCUUCAAUCAGGGUUAGGGCUCUGUACCGCCUUCCUCCUCUCCUUUUUCUCCCACCACCCGACCCAAACACAGCUUCUCGCUUCAAGCUGCUAUGGUACUUCUUUACAACGCAGCCCCACUUCCAUUACCCUCAUCAUCUCACCACGGAAGCAGGAGACUGCAAACUCAUCACCAAUCAUCUUACAGCAUCAAGUCGCCCACUCUCUCAACUCACCAAUCCGUUGCCCGCCCUUUCCUUUCGCAGCUUUUCACAACCGACGCAAUAUCCAAAAUCAAAAUGGGCAAAGACAAGAAAGCCUCCGGCUCCGGCUCCAGCAGCAAAGGCAGCAAGGACGCAGGCAAAGAUGCGGGCAAGGACGCCGGCAAGGCCAGCAAGGGUGCUCAAUCGAUCAAUGUUCGGCAUAUUCUGUGUGAGAAACAUGGCAAGAAGGAAGAAGCGCUGGCCAAGAUCCGUGAUGGAGCGGAUUUUGGUGCUGUUGCUAGGGAGUAUAGUGAGGAUAAGGCGAGGACUGGCGGAAGUUUGGGUUGGAAGCAAAAGGGCACCUUGGAUCCCGAGUUUGAAAAGGUUGCGUUUGCUUUGGAGACCAGCAGCACCAGUAGCCCCAAGAUUGGUGAGGUCAAGACACAAUUUGGCUACCACAUCAUCAUGGUAGAGGGUAAGAAAUGAUAUCAAAAUACAUACUACGACCUUUGGGCGUUAGUCCCCUUUUCCAUUCCCCAUUUGAAGAACACGUCCCUUGCUCUUCCCACGGGCUUGUGACGCCAUUGACGCCAUUGACAAUGGCAUACGGAUUGCAGGACUUCACGCAUGACAACACAAUUCAUGUCACCUCAAGAAUUCAAGGUCUUUGGACCUUUUACGUUGUUUAUUGCCCCUUGCAGGGAAGCCAG